ACAACAAAAUUAACCAAAAAUGUGAAAAAAGGAAACACAAAGAGUUUCGACUUAUAAGGAUUCAACUACUUAUGAUAAUGAAUUUCCAUUGGAGCGUUAACGUGCGAACAUUUUCGUAAAAAAACGAAUGUGAAAGCAUUAAAAAUAUUUAAACAACAAAUGCUCCAUUACGACUUACGUAUGUGUGUUUACGUAAAGGCUACUAACAAGCACAUUCAAUGAGCAUAAUUGUAAAUAAAUAUCUGAGAUAAAAGUAAAAUAAAUGCAAUGCCGUCGAUACGCGCAACACAUUUCACAAAGCUAGUAAAGCAACCAGCUGCUAACUUAUUAUUCAUAUUGAUAUUUAUGUGCCACAAAACUGAUUUCAGUUUAAUUGAAACUGCUGCCGAUGUGAUAACGGAUCCCAAAUUCAGUUUUCCAAUUGCAAAUGUCACAGCGUCUGUGGGGCGUGAAGCAUUUUUAACUUGCGUUGUGCAAGAUUUGGGUUCCUUUAAGGUAGCGUGGUUGCGUGUUGAUACACAAACAAUUUUAACCAUACAAAAUCAUGUUAUCACAAAAAAUCAACGAAUCGGCAUAACAAAUUCCGAGCACAAAACGUGGACUAUGAAAAUUAAAGAUAUCAAAGAAAGCGAUAAAGGCUGGUAUAUGUGUCAAAUAAAUACAGAUCCAAUGAAGAGUCAAAUGGGCUAUCUGGAUGUGGUAGUCCCGCCGGAUAUCCUCGAUUAUCCCACCAGCACGGAUAUGGUCGUACGCGAGGGUAGUAAUGUGACGCUCAAAUGUGCGGCAACGGGCUCACCAGAGCCGACAAUUACAUGGCGACGUGAAAAUGGAGUAGCCAUCGAAUUGGCCAACGGUACCGAGGUGCUCAGUGUUGAAGGUGUAAAUUUGGUACUGCCACGAGUGAAGCGUCAGCAUAUGGGUGCUUACCUUUGCAUAGCAUCGAAUGGUGUGCCACCAUCGGUGAGCAAACGCAUAACGCUGAUUGUGCACUUUCCACCAAUGAUAACGGUACAAAAUCAGCUUAUUGGUGCAGUGGAAAGUAAAGGCGUUACAUUGGAAUGCCAAUCUGAAGCCUUUCCAAAGUCAAUUAAUUACUGGACGAGAGAACGAGGUGAUAUAGUGCCGCCAGGUGGCAAAUAUACAUCGAACGUUACAGAAAUUGGUGAAUAUCGCAGCUCAAUGAAAUUGCAUAUAAAUCUAUUGACACAAGCAGAGUUCGGAGCUUAUCGUUGUGUGGCAAAAAACUCAUUGGGCGACACCGAUGGCACCAUUAAGUUGUAUAGAAUACCACCGAAUGCUGUGAAUUAUGUGGAGAACGCCGAAGGACGCUACAAAGGCAACAACAAAAAGCGCGUCAAAAGCUCAGAACUCUAUCAUCAGUCGAAGAUGACCGAUGGCGGUAGUGAGGAAGCGGAAAAUCCAGGCAAACGAAAAGAUAUGAUACUUGGCAACGAAUUAGAAGAUGGUUACUAUGACUCAGCUGCCGUUGCAGAGCAUUGUCAACACCAUAAACUGACAGUGACGGCAACGUUGUUGUUUACAACUUCACUACUGUUGAGAAAAGUUGCACCGCUGAUAGACGUCUGACAGUUGCUGGGUGCUGUGUUGUUGAUAUACUGAUGACAUUGUGGUUGCGGUUAACGACGACUAACUGUUAAGGCUAAAAGAAUUUACUGUUAGCUGGUAUGAUAUGAGUAUCCAAUUGUAAAUAUGUAUAUGUAGUAUGUAAGCGCAGCUGUGUAUGUGUGCAAAUUUAGAAUAUAUGUAUAUGUAUAUGUAUGUGCGAGUGUUAAGUAGUAUAACGCAUGCUGCCACAAUGAGUCAAUCGCAAACUCGUAUGGUGUUGAUGAUGCCGAUGAUUAUAAUGUUAUCAAUGCAAUUAGAAAUAUUGGAAGGAUUGAAGAAAUAAAAUUAAGUAUAU